UCUGGAUCAGCGGGCUUCUGGAACAGUCCGAGCCCAGCGCUUUAUAAGCCCGGCUCUCACAGCUCUGACAGUGUUACAGCGCUCAGAGCCGCGGAGAGGACCACACGUACCCAACACACACACAGCAGCAUUCCAGCACGACCCUGUGUCAGGAUCUGUCGAGAUGCCUGAAGCACACGACCAACCAAUGGAGGACGAGGCAGAGACCUUUGCCUUUCAGGCAGAAAUUGCCCAGUUGAUGUCCCUGAUCAUCAACACAUUCUACUCAAAUAAAGAGAUUUUCCUCAGGGAGCUCAUCUCAAACUCCUCAGAUGCUUUGGACAAAAUCCGAUAUGAAAGUCUUACUGAACCAAGCAAGCUGGAUUCUGGAAAAGACCUAAAAAUUGAGAUCAUUCCCAACAAAGAGGAGCGCACACUGACUAUCAUUGACACUGGCAUUGGCAUGACCAAGGCCGAUCUCAUCAACAACCUGGGCACCAUUGCCAAGUCUGGAACCAAGGCCUUCAUGGAGGCUCUGCAGGCUGGAGCUGACAUCUCCAUGAUUGGCCAAUUCGGUGUGGGUUUCUACUCAGCCUACCUGGUAGCAGAGAAAGUCACAGUCAUCACCAAACACAAUGAUGAUGAGCAGUAUGCCUGGGAAUCCUCUGCUGGAGGUUCCUUCACAGUAAAGGUGGACAACUCUGAGCCAGUUAACCGGGGCACAAAAGUGAUUCUACAUCUGAAGGAGGAUCAGACCGAAUACAUUGAAGAGAGGCGAAUUAAGGAGAUUGUAAAGAAGCACUCACAGUUUAUUGGCUAUCCUAUCACUCUUUAUGUGGAGAAAGAACGUGACAAGGAGGUGAGUGACGAUGAAGCUGAAGAAGAAAAGGAAAAGGAAAAAACUGAAGAAGAAGAAGAAGAAGAAGAAGAGAAAGAUGAAGACAAGCCAGAGAUUGAGGAUGUUGGCUCAGAUGAUGAUGACCAUGACAAGGAUGCAGACAAGAAGAAGAAAAAGAAGAAAAUCAAGGAGAAGUACAUUGACCAGGAAGAGCUCAAUAAGACCAAGCCUCUGUGGACUCGUAACCCUGAUGACAUCACAAAUGAGGAGUAUGGGGAAUUCUACAAGAGUCUGACAAAUGACUGGGAGGAUCACCUUGCAGUGAAGCACUUCUCUGUGGAGGGCCAGCUGGAGUUCCGUGCACUCCUUUUUGUACCUCGCAGAGCUCCUUUUGACCUCUUUGAGAACAAGAAGAAAAAGAACAACAUUAAGCUGUAUGUGCGCAGGGUCUUCAUCAUGGACAACUGUGAUGAACUCAUUCCAGAAUACCUUAAUUUCAUCAGGGGUGUUGUAGACUCUGAGGAUCUGCCCCUGAACAUCUCCAGAGAGAUGCUGCAACAAAGCAAGAUCCUUAAAGUCAUCCGAAAGAACCUGGUCAAGAAAUGCCUUGAGCUCUUCACUGAACUGGCUGAGGACAAGGACAACUACAAGAAGUUCUAUGAACAGUUCUCCAAGAACAUCAAGCUUGGAAUCCAUGAAGACUCUCAGAACAGGAAAAAGCUGUCCGAGCUGCUCCGAUACUACACUUCUGCCUCUGGGGAUGAGAUGGUGUCCCUUAAAGAUUACGUCACCCGUAUGAAGGACACACAGAAGCACAUCUACUACAUUACUGGUGAGACCAAAGAUCAGGUGGCCAACUCUGCCUUUGUGGAACGUCUACGCAAAGCUGGUCUAGAGGUGAUCUACAUGAUCGAGCCCAUUGAUGAGUACUGUGUUCAGCAGUUGAAGGAGUUUGAGGGCAAGAAUUUGGUGUCAGUGACCAAAGAGGGCCUGGAACUUCCUGAGGAUGAGGAGGAGAAGAAGAAGCAGGAGGAGAAGAAGGCACAGUUUGAAAACUUGUGCAAAAUCAUGAAGGACAUCCUUGAGAAGAAGGUUGAAAAGGUUACUGUCUCAAACCGUCUGGUGUCCUCCCCCUGCUGUAUUGUAACCAGCACAUAUGGCUGGACAGCCAACAUGGAGAGGAUUAUGAAAGCCCAGGCUCUAAGGGACAACUCCACCAUGGGCUACAUGGCUGCCAAGAAACAUCUAGAGAUUAACCCUGAUCAUCCUAUUAUUGAAACACUCAGGCAGAAAGCAGAGGCUGACAAGAAUGACAAAUCUGUGAAAGACCUGGUCAUCUUACUGUUUGAGACGGCGCUGCUUUCCUCUGGAUUCACGCUCGAUGACCCACAGACACACUCUAACCGCAUCUACAGAAUGAUCAAGCUGGGCUUGGGCAUUGAUGAAGAUGACCUGUCCACUGAAGAGCCCUCAUCUGCUCCAAUUGAAGACAUGCCCCCAUUGGAAGGGGAUGAUGACACAUCUCGCAUGGAGGAGGUGGACUAGAAUCUCAACUUUGCUAGUUUUUGUCAGUUCAUAGUUCUGUAAAAAUGUACAGGGUUUAAUCGGUGGGCUUGACUUGCACCUGGGUGGCUGCUGUUAUUGUUGACGGUUUGUCUAGAUCAAUGGCACAAUCACAUGAUUUUCCAUGUGUAGAAAGAUGCAUGUAUGUAAUGGCAAAGUUGUUUGUUUUCAAAGCUUAAAAUUCUAAGUAACGGGUUUCCAGGCACUGACUUUUUGUUUUUGCUAUUCAAUAACAUUGUUGACUGGGAUUCUCUUUAAUUUAGAACAACAUCUUACUUGUGUCUGUAAAUCCAGAUGCAAAAAGUAAAGAAACUACUAAUCACAGACACAGAACAUACAUGUAAAAAGGAGUUAAGUGAAAAAUGCAGUUCUUUUAAGCUGUCCAUGCCCUGUAAAGCCAUACCUGGCUUGGUGCCUGGGUGCAAAUUGAGCCCACAUAAUGUCAAUAAUCCUGAAUCUAAUGUUGAUGUACUUCUAGCCUUGUUAAACGGCUGUUCAGAUCCAUUCCCAGAGUUAGUGUUUGUUUCAGAGCACCAGUUUCCAACCCACAUUUCCUCUUUUUGUUCUUUUUUGUAUUGAGUUGUGUAUGCACUUUUUUAUUUAUUCACAUUCUACUGUUUUGUUUUUUCUUCCCUGUUUUUUAAGUGUGACUAAGUUAUAUUUUAUGUCAGAUGAUGUGACAUCAAAAAUGGGACCCUAAAAUAAACUUUGCCAUAUCAAA